CGCCAAAUUCAAGUCUCUCUCUCUUUCUUCCUUCCUUCCUCCACAGUUCUCUUACCUUUCUCUCACUGUUUUUUUUUUCUCUCUGCCGCCGAAACCCCACCGAUUCCACAAAACAUGGACUGGAUUCGCGGCGACUCACUCGGCUGCGGCAGCUCAUCGACGGUGGACCUGGCAAUCUGCAGGGGGGCCCACUUCUCCUCGCCGUCGGUAAUGGCGGUGAAAUCCUGCGAGGCCAUGGACUCCGACUUGCUCAAGAACGAGAAGCGGGUCCUGGACCAAAUCGGAAACUCGCCCCACAUCGUCCGCUGCCUCGGCGACGAUAUCAGCUUCGAGAGGGGACAAAACCUCCACAAUCUGUUCCUCGAGUACGCCUCCGGCGGCAGCCUGGCCGAUCACGUCAAGAAAUCCGGCGGGAGAUUGCCGGCAUCGGCGGUCAGGAGUUACACGAGAUCGAUUCUCAAGGGGUUGGAUCAAAUCCACGGGAAGGGAUUCGUCCACUGCGACAUCAAGCUCCAGAAUCUGCUGGUGUUCGAGAAUGGGGGAGUUAAAAUUGCGGAUUUCGGAUUGGCGAAGAGAACAGGGGAAGCAGAGGAAAAACAGGGGAGGGAUAAAAAAGUGGAGAUUCGAGGGACGCCUCUGUUCAUGGCGCCGGAAUCGGUCAACGAGAACGUCUACGAGCCGCCGUGUGACAUCUGGGCUCUGGGUUGCGCCGUCGUCGAGAUGUUGACCGGGAAGCCGGCGUGGAAUUACAAGCCCGGGACGAACAUCUUCUCGUUCCUGGUCCGAAUUGGGGCCGGCGACGAGUCGCCGGCGAUUCCGGAGGAAUUGUCGGCGGAAUUGAAGGAAUUUCUGUCCAAUUGCUUCGUCAGAGAUCCCGCGGCGAGAUGGACCGCCGCAAUGCUUCUGGAGCAUCCGUUCCUUAGCGCCGACGAAACCGGAAACGAAAACGACGCCGUGUGCUGUUCGGGGGAGGAAUUUCCAUCGGUGUCCCCGCGGUGCCCGUUCGAUUUCCCCGAGUGGGUGUCUUCGGUCCAAUCGUCGCCGGCCCAAUCGGGAUCGGAAUCGAACCCGUUCGAUUCGUUGUCGUUCUCAAGCUGCUCCACCAUCACACCGGCGGAGAGAAUCCGGCAGCUGGCAAGCGUGGAGCAGCAGGGGCCGUUGAGUUGGGGAGAUUCAGGGAGUUGGCUGGUAGUGAGGUGAAUGAUGGAGACAGAGAAGAGAAUUUUUUUUUUCUUCUUUUUUGUUAGGAAAGCAAGUUGGGCAGAUAUUUAGUAAUUUUUAGAGUAGUGUGAGCAAUUUUUGGUUCCGGGUUUCUUCUAACAAUUCAAUUGAUUUAUUUAUUCUUCAUCUCCAUUUUCUUCUUCUUCUGGGUUUUUGUGGGGGGAAGGGGUUUGGGGAAUUGGAAAGGUAAAAUAGUAAUAGAAUAGGUAGGAAGCAAAGCUGACAAUUAGCAGUGUGUUUUUGACAUAAGAGAAGAGAGUUAUGAUUGGUGGAUCCUUGUGGCCUGGCUGGCUGCCCUCAAUGUACAGAUAGAUUCCCUGUUUGGUUACAAGUUAUUAGUAAAAUUUUGUUUGGUAU